CAUGUGCGACACAUCCUCAUCAGCCAACUCUGGAUAUUUAUGUUCACCUUAUCCUCCGGAGCAAAUCGUAUCACCGACACAGGAUUUCUGAGUUCAAGUGCAACAGGACAACUGAUUUACUGGAUUUACUCCUGAAACCAAAUUCGUUAUGUCCUCAAUAUGAGGACUUGACGGGCACUGUAUUUGGACUCGCACAAAAUGCAGCUGCUAAGUUUGGGUUCGAGCACCGUGGCCAGCGUGGCCACGCCGUUCGCGCCUCCCCUGGCCACUGCCAUGAACGACCCUUCGUGUUGCCACGCGGCUGCCCACCUGCAGGAGAUCCUUAGCCUGAGCGAACUGCCCAUGGACCGACUGCUAAGGGUGCGGUCAGUCAUGCACAACUAUGGUAGAGACACCAACUCAGCACAAAACAGACAAGGUGAGCCUUUGCCAGCAGCAGAAGCUCUGCGGUCAAAGGUGCGAUUUCCAGACAGGAGCUCGUCGGCGCCGAUCAAGCGGCAGGAAAUCGGCGGCCUGUUCGGCGGCAGUGGCAAACAAUCAAAACUGGCCACCGGCUUCCAGUUGGCGAUCACGGUGCUGUCCUUUCUCGCGUUCGGCGCCUACCUCAUCAGCCUGGUGGUGGCCAUCGUGCGCAACAACAACACCACCACCUCGACGACGGCCACGACGCAGCAGCCGUUCGUGCUUGUGCCGGCCGCGGCUGGUCGCAGGAGGAGGAAAAGGAGACGCGCGGCGCCCGAGCCGCCGAGUCUUCCUGGGCCGCCGCUCCUCGAGCCGGACAGUUUGUUCACCGGCCUGGCCACCCUGGCCGCCGCGUACGCAAAGUUCGAGGGCCACGAGCUCGGGUGAAAAAACAAACGUUUUGGUUUUCAGUGCAUUUCUCCAAUUAUUUAUUGAUUAGUUUAAAUUAUAACUCUCACUGUUGUACAAAUACAUUUUCAUUGGUCCUCAUACGUUGUAGUAUUAGAAUUUAAAUAUCGAGCGGAAUUUCAAAUUCUCAAACAAUCUCUAUCUCAUUAGGAAGAUUACAAAAUCCUGGUUUACCUGAAAAAAGUUCUUGCCAUAUUUCCGAUUUCCGAUAAAAUUGUUAUUUUUAUACAUUAUGUAAUAUUGCACUUCUAAUAAAAGGACUUUUUAUAUUUUUUGCGGAAAAAAUCGGUUAGCUGGCAAUAACUAGGAAGUAUUCGUGGAUUUCAAGAUGUAAUUAUUAUUGAAUAUCUUUUUAUAGCAAAAAUCAAACCGCUCUCAUGUACUUUUUUUCAUACAAAUUGUGGCAUUGCUGUUUGUUUUGAUGUACAGUAAUUUAUUGAAAUAA